AUCCCUAAUUGUAAGAUAAUUGCUUACGAUUAACAACUUGUUCACCUUCAUUCAACUGUUCUUACUUUGAUCAUUAGUGAAUAUUAAUUGCUAUUUUGUGUAUUCCCGUCAAUUUUUUCAUUCAAUCUUGUAACAAUGCCUACUUUAGAAGUACAAACCAAUGUUGACGCAUCUAAAUUAACUCCAGAAUUAGCUGGUAAAGCAGCUCAGGUAGUUGCUGAUGCUCUGGGAAAGCCAAAAUCGUAUGUGAUUGUCUCCUUUAAAUCUGCUGUCAUGUCUAUGGGAGGUGAAUCAGGGCCAACCGCCAUUGCUCAUCUUGGUUCAAUUGGUAAAAUUGAUCGUGAAAUGAACAAAAAAACUUCAAAAGCUUUAUCAGCUUUUCUGGUCAAAGAAUUGGGUCUUCCAGAGGAUAAAUUUUAUAUCAUGUUUCAUAAUCUCAACAAAGAAAAUGUUGGAUGGAAAGGAACCACAUUUGAUGAUUUCUUGUAAAAAUAAUCAAUGCCGAUACUGAUUCCAAUAAAUCCAUCCAUAUAAAAUUCAAAAAAUCGGAGAACCAAGUUUAUUCUUAAUCAACUUUAGCAACAACCAUUCAAAUGACCAUUACCUAAGCUUUAAAGAUUUAUGGAAAACUGGAAAUACAAAGUGAUUGAACUCCUCAUACAAUCGUAACCCGGGUAUUGCAAUGUCUGUAAUUUGAUUUAAAAUAAAGGACAAAUUCACAGAAAACAUAA